AUGGGCGGCACGGCGCUGUCGGGAGCGCUGUGGCUGGGGCUGCUGUGGGCCGGGAGCGGGGUCGGGGGCAGCUGCCAGGGAAAGUGCUGCCAGGGCCGGGAUGCCGCCUGCGUCGGCGAGGGAUGGAGGGAGGGAGGUGGCUACGGGACCUGCUACUGCGACGGAGGCUGCCGGCGAGCCGGGGACUGCUGCCACGACCACGGCCAGGCGUGCCCGGCUAUUCCCUGUGUUGUGGGGGAGUGGAGUCAUUGGAGUGGCUGUGCAGAGCAAUGUCAUCCCGGGCUGCGGAUACGUAGGCGCUACGUACAACAGGAACCCCAAAAUGGUGGGGAACCGUGUCCAGCUCUGGAGGAGAAGGCUGGCUGCCUGGAAUACCUGACUUACCAGGGGGAGGACUGCGGCCAUGAACAUGUCCCUGCUUUCAUAACUACCUCUGAAUAUGGYAAAGAAAGAAAAAGACGAGCAGCAUCUUCUUCCUGGCCUUCAGACAAAGAASCAGCAGGAUACUGUGUGGAGUUCAGGACAGAAUCUCUUUCACACCACUGUGCUCUGGAGACGCGUCCAUACGCCCGCUGGAUGCAGUACCUGCGYGAGGGACACACCGUGUGCGUGGCCUGCCAGCCCCCAGCUAUGAACACGGACACGCAGCGCUGCUCUGGGGAUGGCCACAAUGCAGAUGGAGAUAAAAUCUUACACUGGGAAGCAAUUGGCAAUGCUCAAUGCCAAGGAACCUGGAAGAAGAUCCGGCAACUGGAACACUGUUCCUGUCCCCUGGUGCAUAGUUUUAUUUUUACAUGA